AUGAGUGCGAUGCUGGAAACCCCUGAGCUGCCGGCAGUGUUUGAUGGUGUGAAGCUAGCAGCAGUUGCUGCUGUUCUCUAUGUUAUUGUCCGCUGCUUGAAUUUAAAAAGCCCAACUGCCCCUCCUGAACUCAUUUACCAGGACUCUGCUUUGGCCCGCUUUCUACUCAAAUCCUGCCCACUUUUGACCAAAGAAUACGUUCCACCCUUGAUCUGGGGAAAGAGUGGACAUAUCCAGACUGCCCUUUAUGGAAAAAUGGGGAGAGUGAGAUCACCACAUCCGUACGGACUUCGCAAGUACCUCACGAUGCCAGAUGGAGCAACAGCCACCUUUGAUCUCUUUGAGCCGCAGUCUGAGCACUGCAUUGGAGAGGAUGUCACAAUGGUAAUCUGCCCUGGCAUCGCUAACCACAGUGAAAAGCAGUACAUCCGCACUUUUGUUGACUAUGCGCAAAAAAAUGGGUACAGAUGUGCUGUCCUGAAUCACUUGGGAGCCUUACCAAAUAUUGAGCUCACUUCUCCACGAAUGUUCACCUACGGUUGCACCUGGGAAUUUGGUGCCAUGGUUAAUUACAUCAAGAAGACCUAUCCUCAGACCCAGCUGGUUGUGGUGGGCUUCAGCCUGGGUGGAAACAUUGUGUGCAAAUACUUGGGAGAGAGCCAGGCCAACCAGGAGCGAGUCCUGUGCUGCGUCAGCGUGUGCCAAGGUUACAGUGCCCUGAGGGCACAGGAAACCUUCAUGCAGUGGGAUCAAUGUAGAAGAUUUUAUAACUUCCUCAUGGCAGACAACAUGAAGAAGAUCAUCCUUUCUCACAGGCAAGUUCUUUUUGGAGAUAACAUGAAGAAGCCACAAAGCCUGUCAGAUGCUGAUCUGAGCAAACUCUAUACAGCAACAUCCCUUAUGCAGAUUGAUGAUAACGUUAUGAGGAAGUUCCAUGGCUACGGUUCCCUGAAGGAAUACUACGAAGAAGAAAGCUGCUUGCAUUACUUGCACAGGAUCUACGUUCCUCUUCUGUUGGUUAAUGCUGCUGAUGACCCUCUUGUGCAUGAGAGUCUUCUAUCAAUUCCAAGAGCUCUUUCAGAGAAACGGGAAAACGUCAUGCAUGUGCUGCCCCUUCACGGAGGCCACCUGGGAUUUUUUGAGGGGUCUGUACUGUUCCCGGAACCUCUUACCUGGAUGGAUAAGCUUGUGGUACAGUAUGCCAAUGCCAUCUGCCAGUGGGAGAAGACAAAGUCUCACUGCUCAGACACAGAGCAGGCUGUAUCUGGUCAGGAGUAAUUGACCCAAAGACUGUGGAUCACUUCAGUAUAUUUCCCCCUUUGGGAACAUCUUGUUCCCUCACCUGCUGCUUCAGGUUUCCAUUCUCCUUGAUAUCUUAUGGCUGGGGUUUGAUCACAGUGUUUUCUUCCAAAGUGGAGUUAAAGCAGAGGUUAAUAUCUCGUUAGAGCAUCUUUGCAUAUAUAGUCACUUGGGUUUGUAAUUUGCUGCUCUGCUUGAAGAAUUAGGUUGCUGACUGUGACUUGUUUACAGGGUCAUUGAGCUAAAGACUGCUUGCUUUAAUAUAGCGGAAGUUUCAGAUAUCAAAAUCUCUUCACUUGCUGGUCAAAAACUUGAUCAGCAGCAUUUGUUUAGGUGUAGACAGGGUAACUAUGACUCUGUUCUCUGUCUCAGUGUUGGAAAAACUCUAUACCAAGCCAUAAGCCAGUGAGUGGUUCAAUCUGUAAGCCAUUAGAAUGUGGCUUGGAAAAACAGAUGCUUGACUGCAAGUGGAGUUCCAGCUUUGUACUGUCUCAAGGGAAGUCUUUUAGCUCCUAGGAGUGCACUUACACAAGUGAAU